AUGCAGUUGAAUGUUGCGCCCUGGCACGUUGGCGAUAUCUUUGACGAUGUUGACGACAAGGUCUAUUUCUGGAGUUCCCUCUUCCAAAGCAUCACAGAAAAGGAUGCUCCAAUGAAGCGAAUGAAAGUGCGUGAUAAAGACGUCCCUUUCAUGACGUCCGAAUGGGAGCAGGCCAUUCGAGCCAAACGCAAGGCAACAUCUAAAUUCUUAAAAAACAAAACCCCUGAGAACUGGGAAAACAAGAGAGCAGCCCGCAAUGAGGCCACUCGACAAAGAAGAAUAGCCAUAAAGCACUACUGGAGGAAACAAUGUGAGCAUCUUAAAGAGAAACCUAGGGAAUUUUUCAAAACGUUCAAACCUUUUCUCAGCUCUAAAAAUACGACUCGAGACAAUGAAAUUCAUCUCAACGAUGUCGAUGGAACACUUGUUAAAGACCAAAGUCGCGUAGCUGAGAUACUGGUAGGUUACUUUUCUACCAUUGCAGACGGUAUCGGUGGCGACAAGGCUAAAUUGUCUUCACCUGACGAUUUCAUGGAUCAUCCCAGCACAAUACGCAUCUUGGAUGUGUGUUCUAACACCACUCCUUGCCGUGAGCUGCGACCUGUCACGGAAGAUAAGGUCUUUGAAAAGCUUAUAUGCUCACAAGUUGCAGAGGGUUUUGAAAGACACUUUUUCACUAACUCCUCGGCAUACAAAAAAUCACACAGCUGUGAGACGACCCUAAUCAAUCUAAUAGAAGGCUGGAAAAAAGCAAGGGAUAAUAAACUGUCAGUUAGCAUCCUUUCAACAGAUAUGUCUAAAGCCUUUGAUUCACUUCAUCCACCACUGCUUCUGAGUAAGCUUAAAGCUUACGGCUUCCAAGAGAACUUGAUAGCACUACUGGGUAGCUACCUUUCUGAAAGGAAUAACCGGGUACGCCUAGGCCGCCAUGUCAGCUCAUACAAGAAUAUCAAUCGGGGAUGUCCACAGAGUUCUGCUCUAGGUCCACUAUUAUGGAACAUUUUCCAGAACGACCUAUGCUAUCACAUUGAUGGAAGUUUAUCCAUGUAUGCUGAUGAUCAUCAGAUUUAUCACACUGGAAGCGAUCUUAGCACCGUGAUUUCAGAUCUCAGAGUAAGUGCAGACCAUGCACUCAGUGGUACGCGCAAGCUCGAAAGGGUACAAGAAAGAGGACUCAGGGCUGUUUUCAAAGACAAAAGCUCUAGUUACGCUAACCUCCUCGAACGGGCUAAGCUACCUACCCUCUUAAACAGACGGCUGCAGGACAUUGUUAUACUAAUGUACAAGGUGCACAAUAACUUGUGCCCUCCUAAUAUCUGCGGCAUUUUUAACAGAUACAGUGCCAACUAUAAUCUAAGGCAAGCAGAUUUCUCCCUUCCAAGGUACAACACCACUGCUUAUGGAAAGCACUCUUUAAGGUACCUUGGUCCAAAGCUUUGGGGGAAACUGUCGGUCACUAUAAGAUCGUCACCGAGUUUAAAUACUUUUAAACGCAAAAUAAGAGAAAUCGACAUUUCCCUCCUAAUUGAUGAUGGGACAAAAUGCUGCUCUUUGUGCAAACAUUAA